ACACCUGCGUGGCUUCUUACAAGAGCGGGCGACACCGAGACACAUCCUUGGUAUAUCUGUGCCCUGGCAGGAGUGUAAACAUGUGAGGACAUGGGAGGAUAGUCCUGCUGUUUUAACGUCUUAGCAGAUUCACAAUAUUAUCAUUUAAAAGACAAAAACUAAAAGGGGAUUGUAAAAUCAAGAGGAUUGGUAACCUUUGCCUUUGGAGUGGAACAUGACGCCAGUCAAACCCCCCAGGACAAAAUACCUGGCGAAGCCAACUGUUUCUGGACCCUAUGAUCUUCCUUCCUCCUCACCAGAGUUUGCUUACCAAGAGCCCGAUCUCAGCACUGGAAGCCAGUCAGUGGGUAAAAUCAAGCCUAAACCUCUUCCCAGGACAAAAUCACAACCAGAAGCCUUAUGUGGUACAGACAGUAUAACUCACCCCAUCAACAAUGAAAGCAAUGGAGUUCAUGCAGAGAUGGCCAAAUCUAAUGCAUACCCAGCAGGCUACAAGACGCCUCGCCCUGUUCGUCCUCCUCCCCUUCCACCGAAGAACAAAAAUGGGACCUACAACUGUUCCACAGACCUGGUUAAUGGAAGCCAUAGUGAACUAACUUUGAAACCUGUGGAUGUCAGUGGAGACAGAGCACCAUCUCCUGCCCCUCCUCCUCGGCCUCAGCGACCCCAGCUUCCCUCCAACUAUUAUGACAGGACUCUUCCUGGGAUGGAACGAACACCUCAGGGCCCCAGUGAAGUGAGUCCCCCAGCUAGAAAGGCCUCGCUUUGCUCCAUGCCACAAUCUCCAGCUUCACCAGCUCCUUAUGAUGAAGUGGCGAACCUCGAUAGGAGUUAUUAUGGCAGGACACCUGGGGCUGGCGACAGUGACAGACCUGCAUGUCCGCCUCGCCCCCCUCGACCGGGACAGCCGCCAAAACACACUUUGCUCAGUUCUCCCUCGGGGCAUGGAACCUCGCCUCCGCAGACCCAAAAUUCCCAUAGAUUGUCCAUUUCCAGUUCCAGCUCCUCCGCCACGCAGAUGUAUUAUGAUAUCCCUUAUGAAGUGUACAGCAGCACGCCCCACAGUGCAACAGCCAACACAACACUAGUGAGACCACAACAACCGCCUCCUCCCUCGUUCACCCCUCCAGCAACACCGUCACUAUACAGACCCUCUUUUCCAUAUUCAGUGUCAUACUACAACACAGAGGCGCUGUACACUGAGAUAGAGGACCCACUCUAUCUGGAGGUGCUGCCACAGGAAGACGAAGUGAUGUUCAGCUCCUCAGACGAUGUGUACAGAUCUGGGUACCAACGCUACAAGACACCAAAAAAGCCAACAGCCACAGGUUGCUUCCCUCCCACCACACAUGAUACAGAGGACAUCAAUAGUCUGCUGAGAUGGCUGAAAACAGUGGGAUACUCUGGUAAUAUGGGUCCUUUGCUAUAUGGCUGCAGAAUAGAGGAUGAAACCAGAGAAUUCAACCAAAGAGCCAUUAAUGUCAGGAAGGCCAUGCGUCUCUUCAGCCUGCUCCUGAUCACACGCAAAGACACGCUGCGGGAGCACAUCUCCAGCCUCACUGACAUCUGUGACAGUUUGGACAAGGUGCAGAAGAAGAACAAGACCAUGGGCAUUGCCGGCGGCACCACAGGCGCUGUGGGAGGAGUGGCAGCAGUGGUGGGCAUCGCCUUGGCUCCCAUGACCAUGGGGACCUCGCUGAUCGCUACAGCUGUGGGUGCUGGUAUGGUGGCGUCUGCUGGAGGCAUGGGGGCCCACGCAGCUAUCGCCAACAAGAAGAUUGUGGAGAGAAAGACGGUGGAAAAGAUAGUACAAGACUACAAGGCCUGUGUUGUCGAUAUUGAACACUGCGCAGCGUUCAUCCACUCUGGGAUGGAUGAGCUGCAGAGGCAUGACCUGGCCAGGCUCCAGGCUGCCGGAGCUCACCCUCAGGCGCUCAGGAUGGCCCAACUGUCACGGUCCAUGUUCACCAAUGACAUGUGGAAAUCUGCAGCACCUGCAGGGGGGAUGUCAUCUGAGGGACUGCUAAAGGCUUUUGCCAAGGACUUGGAUCUGUAUUUUGCAGUGAAAGAUGGGCAGAAGCUGAAGAAGUCAAAUGAGUACAAGUUUUCAAGCAGAGUUCGUCUGCUGGCUGAAAAUCUGCAGGAGGUGCUGGAUCAACUGAAGCAUAAAUGGGAAAUGUUCUGUAGAUUCUAAGACCUGUGUGUGUGUGUGUGUGUGUGUGUAUGUGUGUGAGAGAGGGAGAGAGAGAGAGAGAGAGAGAGAGAGAGAGAGAGAGAUAAAUGCUAAUACUAUUUCAA